UGAUUACAAAUUAUAUUGGUUUGACAAAUUCGUCAAAGCGAAUCUUCACGAAGAUGUCUGCCACUCAUACAGUCCUUCCUAAUGGUAACCACCGACCAAGCCGGCCGCCGUUGCUAAUCCAUGAGCAUCGGUCCCAUGCGAUUUCCGACACCGGUAGCGGUGGCGCGGCGGUCGCACCAUCGCGGAACGCAAAGGCCAAACCGGAUCAUUCCUCGUUCGGCGCCGCGCGGAGUUGCUUGUUGUGUCGUAACCGUUGCCGAACGUAGAGCGCGUCCAGCGCAGUCAUCAAAAAAUAAGAUUCAUCACACUCGAGAUUGCGUCUGUUGCGUGUGUCGUCAUCGACGAUUCUUCAGUACAACAGUGUGCCGUUGUUUAAUUGAUUUCAAAAGACAAGUCUUUCAAAGGUGAUCCCCGUGAUUUUCAAACGGUCGCCAUAAAAAAAGGCGCCAAAAAUUUCCGGGCCUUGUGUGCUGAGUGUGAUUUAAAUCAGUGCGCACAUAUUUCUUUGGAUUAUUAUUAAACGGAUUACCUUAAUACUAAUAAAUUCAAAAGAUGAAGCGAUUGCUAUUGAUUUUUGCGUUGCUAUGCCUGUGGACGCAUAAUGUGCACAGCGACAGUUCCGUUUACCGGCUGUCUGAAAACUUCCAACAACUCCUCACAUCCACAGCGCUCACAUGGGUAUCAGCGACGAAAAAUUCCAACAAUUUCGAACAUGCGGUAGUUGGCGCUUAUCAGAAUCUACAAGAAGACGGAUCUGAUACCAAUAAUGCCAACAAUGAUUCCAUGCAUCCCAUCUACGUGUGCCGCGCGAAGCAGAAUGGUAUUUGGGUGGCAGGUCAGGUGCGUCACAGUGAGCGCAAGUGCAUCGUCUCGCUGCACGGCAGCGUACACGAAGUGGAACGUUACGAGAUUCUGGUGAACAUAGAAGACAGCGCUCGCCUCAGUUGGGUGCGCAAAGAUCAGUACAGUCUUCAUCCGCCCGGCACCAUCACCGGCGGCGACGAACCGUACCGCAACUUUGUGGGCCGUCGAGUCAGCCAACCGGAAGAUAAGAGCACAUUCUCGCACUACCUUGGCAAAGUCGAUCCAAACCGUAAAAACGGCAUGUACUUCGUCAUAAACGAAAACAAUAAAGAGUUGGAAUUCGAAGAUGGAGAGAUAUUAGUUGAAACCGAACCAAUUCGUUAUGAACUGAGCAAAAUCAAAUUGGAUCAAUUCAGGAGGCGUAUCACCAAGAAGGCAGCCAUUCUAGGUCAGACCAUUUUAAAGAAUGAGAAUGAAGAAGGAGACACCGCACGUGUUGAAACUGUCAUCAGCUUCAACUAUACAUACAGUGUAUAUUGGGGACAUGGACACGGUAUGUUGAACGGGCUGCCCUUCAUGGUGCAUAGCCAAAACCAAAAGACCUACGAAGGCAACUGGGGCAUGAAGGAACCCGUUGUAAAGAUGGAAGUGUAUCCGAUUGUAGCGUAUCUCGCACCGGGAACAGCUGUGAAUGUCACACUACGAGGCGAAUUUACCGAAGCUGACGAAGGAUAUGUCGCCACCGUUACCGCAUUCUACGAGGAUAACGAAACCCGCGACAGAUUGAUCAAAGAUAAUAGGUUUGAAGUCAACAUGCGUAACGUGCACCAGGAACUUGGCCCGGUGUACUUCUUGCAUAACAAUAGUUUUGUUCCGACUACUACCACCACUACAACUACUACAACCACGACUACUUCAACAACAACCACACGACGCACCACAACUGAAGAUAUUACUCCGAUCACAUCACCAGAAACCGAUGAUAUUGAGAGCAGCGGCGAACGCAAGAUUAAAAAGGGUUCUAUGGAUGCUGAGCCAGAUAAACAUGAGAACAGCAGUAUGAUGCAAGAUGGCGAAGCUUCAUCAUUGAAGAACAAACAGGAUGUCGUAGCGAGGGAGUCCACUGCUGCUGGUUCAGCAUCCCAAGUCGCUUCCGGUAGCGCAUUAUUCAUCGCUGCGCUACUAUUCACGAUUCUAACGUAAAUGAUCCCACGAAAAAAUGUCGAAAAUAUGAAUUAUGAAUUAACGCAAGGUUUUCAAAAGCGGCCAAUGUUUGAAACGCCUCUCUACGAUGCUUCGGCUAAACUGUGGGCUUCGAUUGAUAUCAAUAUCUAAUUUAUUGGACUAAAUUUCCUUAAAGAAGUUAAAAUUCAAUCAAAAAGAUAAACUUCCUUUCAAAUUUCAAAUAGAAGAUCACAAUAGUUACAACUACGUUAUAACAGAUUAAAAUAAUGGAAAAGUACGAGUGUGAUAUUACAACCCGAAUAUGAACAGUGUACAUAGAUACAUAUUAUAUAUUAAUUAAUUAUUUAGAUAUUUUUUGUCCAAAAUUGUGUAUGAUUAUGAUUUUAGGAAUUUCUCUUUUUCAGAUAUGAUUUUUAUUAUUAUUUGUUGUUGUUUUUUAUAUACUUGUGUUAGUCCAGAUAGUACAAUAUUAUCUUUAGUUUAUUACCAGUGUAGUAGCUGCUAGGUAACAAGACAAGCAAAAAAGAAAAGAAUUGUUUUACUUGCCUGCUGUAAUAUUUUUAAAAGAAUCAUUCCAAAUAUUUUUCGAAUCUAAUAUAAUCUACGAAUAUAAUUUAUAAUAAUGCACUUCUUUUGCCUUCUUCAAUGAUUGUAAUGAUUGUCAAUGCAAGACUAUAGCUUAAUGAAUACAAAAUUUGUAAAUACAAGUAGACUGUAUGUAAAUAUGAAAAAGCGUGCGUUGAUUGAUCGGACUGAUUGUUGCUAAAUCGUGUAGAAUGUUGGGAGAGUGACUGAAUAUAUUUUAUUAUUGCCGCAUAUGAUUUUCUCACACGAUUCUACAUACAAUUAUCUAAAUUCAUGUACAAUGUUGAUGUAUGUUUGUAGUAUUUAAUAUUAUUAGUAUGAUUUACAAUAAACACGUAAAUUAAAUAUAUUUACGUUAGAAAGGGGACAGUGCUCCUAUUUUCAUUAAAUUUCACUACUUAUUAAAAGUAACAAUUAUAAAGAAAGGAGCUCGGUGAUAAUUGAUAACCUAAGUAAUAAACAGAUGAUAAAAGUAAGAAUGCUAAGCAUGUAAACGCAAACGAUGAAAAAGAAACAGAGAAGCAAAGUACGUCCAAUGAAACUGUAGACAUCUUAGAGUCCUUAUAACCCUAAACAGAUUCAAGCAUGACAUCAAAUACCUAACCUAAAAAAAGGAAACAUGGAUUUAAAUAAUGAAAUUAAAAUAAGAAGAGAUCGCUAUAUUGCUAUUGAUAUUGAGAUAAUGAUUGUGUGAAAUAUAUGAUAUAUUUUUGCAAUUUGUGUAAACUUGGAAGUCGUAAAGGUAGGCUGCAGGACGAUGAGGAAGCACAAAAGGAGAAACUAUUUUAUGUUGGAACAAGAUCAAAGUACAAACUUCUAUUUCAAAAUUAACUAGACAUUUUUAAUUGUCAAUGAGAAACUAUGAAAUGUGAUGGUGGAAUAGAAAACGUGGGGAACGAUUCCAAGUAAAUCAAAUUAUUUAUAAAUAUUACUGUAAACUAGAGCAGAUGAGAAUAUAAAAUAUAAUAAUAUUCUAGAAGACAGAACAAAAUGUCCAUCAUAAUUAUUGAAAAUCUCUUCUACAUCGUACCACGAAGGAUCCUAGCUAAAGUUUGAAAGAUCUUAAAUGAUUAGCCAACUUGUGUACUAAAAGACACGUAAAGCACUAUUAUAAUACACGUGUAAUUCCUGCAUAAUCGUUGUUAUAUAAAUUUUCAAAAAUUUAUCGACGUUAAAAGAAUAAAAACCACAUUGUUAAAAUUCAAAAUAAAUGUCACACUAACCAACAUCUCCACCAAUACACUCGCUGAGCGAUUAUAUAACGACUAUGUGGCCAUAGCUAUAGUUCCAGCGCCAACACAUUAAAUAGACGUGUAACCAUCAGAAAACAUAAAAAUAACCAAUGAAAAUAUUUAUUAUCUCAUUGUCGUAAACAGACAGCAUAGAAACAAUUUAAAGCCAAAUGAAUUUCAGUGUUGAUCGUCAAGGAUCCUAAAAACGAAUAGUCUAUCUUUGCGCAAAUAAAAUGUGCUAAAAAUACAUCUUGAUGAAAUGAAAAAAAAAAAUAGAAAGCCUAAUUUCGUGUAUUUUAAGAAUAAAUUGUCUAUUGUUAACCGCUUUACGAUUUAUUUAAAAAUAUGCUAUGGAUAUUAUAUAACGGAAUUCUUCAUUGAUUGUCGUUUUGAAUAUUCAAUUGAAUUGUUUAUUGAUUUAGGCGCAAAGCGAAAGCAACAAACUAUGCAAAGUGCUAUAUAUAAUUAUUUUACUGUACAUUUUAAUGUAUGUAAUUGUAUCAUAGAUAAUUUCAAUUAAACCUACUUCCAAAUA